GACCAACAACGCUGGUUGCGCGCUAUUUGAAAACAACCAAAGCCAUAACGUGUAGGCCAAUUCCCACAAAUUGCUGAACACAUUUCCAACGCGAAUCACCAGGACACACGACGCAAUGGAUCCCUAUACCAAUUGGUCCGCCACCUUGAAAUCAUUCCACGACCAUUUUAGAAGAGACCUAUGCCGACUUAUUCAAGAAGCUGAAUCUCUGAAACGGAAAUCUCCAAAACCUCUGCUUCGCUCCACGGCUCAGUAUCUCUCCUAUCUACAUACGCAUCACACAAUAGAAGACCGCCGCAUUUUUCCCUUCCUGGCACGGAAGAUGGACGUAAGCGGCUUUGCCAAAGACCAUAAGCAACUCGAAAAAAUUAUGGAGAAGAUUGAGCAGACUUGCGAAGAGGAAAAAAGGAAAGGAGAAAGGUGUCAGGAAGAAGAGACUUUUGAUGUUGAGGGGUUUACAAAGCUUUUAAAGGAGCUGCGGGAUUUGGUCUUCCCCCAUAUGCGGCUGGAGGAGGACCUGACUGCUCCAGAAAAGAUGAAGAGCCUAUUUUCACCAGAGGAGAUGCGGCUUAUGCUGUCAUGAGCUGACUGGCGCUCUAUACAACGUAAAUACAAUCCGAUGGAAUUCAGGGUGAAGCCAAAAUCAAAAGAUGAACGUCCAAGAGCUGUAAGGCGGCACUAAUGCCACCACUUCCUGCUGUUCAUUCGUCUCUUUUUGCAGUUCCUCUUUUUAACAUCCCAACCCCAAAAACCCCACACGAAAGUUGGAACACAUUGUAAAUAGACGGGUCG